AUGUCUUCUUCGUUGACUAUCGUCGGGGUGGAGGGCCGCCAAGUCACAGUUCCUUCCGGCCUUUUCAUUCACAAUGAAUUCGUCCCAUCCGUAACGGGCCAAACCUUGCGCGUGGAGAAUCCUUCGACUGGCGAAGAGCUCGGAACCAUCUCCGCGGCUGGAAAAGAAGAUAUUGACAAGGCAGUUGAGUCGGCUAAGGCUGGUCUACAAGCCUGGAAAGCAGUCCCUGGACCUGCCAAAGGUCGCCUUCUCCUGAAGCUGGCUGAAUUGAUUGAACGGGAUGCCAAGGAUCUCGCUUCUCUGGAGGCCGUGGAUGCCGGAGUCCUCUAUACGGACUCCAUGGGAAUGAACAUCCCACAGGCGCUUGGCUGCCUUCGCUACUAUGCUGGCUGGGCUGACAAGAUUGACGGCAAAGUUCUCGACAUGGAUGGUGGCAUUGCUUAUACCCACCGCGAGCCACUAGGUGUCUGCGCUGCCAUCGUUCCUUGGAAUGCGCCUCUAAUGAUCACAAUUUGGAAGCUGGCCCCAGCGCUAGCGACCGGUAAUGCCCUAAUCAUCAAAAGCUCCGAGAUGUCACCACUUUACGCUCAGCGGUUGGCACAGCUGGUUAAGGAAGCGGGUAUCCCAGCCGGUGUUGUGAAUAUCGUGACCGGCGAGGGAGCCAGCGCUGGCCAGGCUCUGUCCGAACACAUGGAGGUUCGCAAGGUCGCAUUUACCGGCAGUGCGAUUGCCGGUCGCAAGAUUCUGCAGGCUGCAUCGCGGACCAAUUUGAAGAAGGUUAGCUUGGAGCUGGGAGGCAAAGGCCCAUCGAUUGUCUUUGACGAUUGUGAUCUGGAGAACGCUCUCCUCUGGACACGCAUUGGUAUCACCGCGAAUAAUGGCCAGAUUUGUGCAGCUGGCUCGCGCAUCUAUGUCCAGGAUUCCAUCUACGAUCGCUUUGUCGAAGCAUAUCAGAAGGCUGCUGCGAACGCCCCUACUGUCGCUGGCAAUCCACUGGAUGCUGCGACUACCAAGGGCCCCGUGGUGAACUGCGCCCAGCACCAGAAGAUUUUGGAUUAUAUUAGGCAGGGUAAGGAGUCUGGUGCCCGGUUGUUGUUCGGAGGAGACAGGAUCGGCGACAAGGGGUACUUUGUUCAAAACACGGCUUUCGCAGACGUCGCAGACGAUGCGACCAUUAUGCGCGAGGAGAUCUUCGGUCCCGUUGCUAGCAUUGCCAAAUUCUCCACCGAGGAAGAAGUCAUUGCGAAAGCCAACGACUCACAUCAUGGUCUGAGUGCAGCUCUGUUCACGAACGACAUCAACCGGGCCCACCGCGUAACGAAAGAGCUAGAGUCUGGUCAAGUAACGGUGAAUGCAUGGGCAAUGCUCAGUCCCAAUGUUCCAUUCGGUGGCGUGAAGGAGAGUGGAUUCGGGCGUGACAUGGGUGAAGAUGCCUUGGAAGGCUGGACAACCAUCAAAGCAGUCAAGUACCAUAUCCUUCCUCGCCUGUAG